CUUAGCUACUUCGCGCCUUUGUACACCAUUAAAAAUAUUCACUGUACAUCCGGGUAAAUUAUUGUGUGUACAAGCAUAGGCGGUAUAUAUAUAUAUAUAUGUAUGUAUAUAUAUAUACAACUCUACAUUAGAAGACGGAUAUUUAAUAUACUAUACUAAAAUUAACAAGUUAGGAGCAUCGUGUGUAUAUUGCACGCUCUGUAGCUACAAUCCGUCUGAAAGAACCAUAUCACAAACAGACGGAAUUAGCAAAAAAAAAGUCUUUAGACGCGAGGCCAUAAAAACUAGGGUAUACCGAACCUCAGGGUUCAGGUACACCCCCUGCGCAAGAUGAGCACUCAACUGAAGUGGGCAGUGCUGCUCUUAGCGACUGUAUUUAGUAGCACUGGCGUCACUGCGGAGAGCAUCUGUUGCGAAAGAAAACGCCACGGGCACAUUGUCAAAGAUGCGGAGAUGCAAUUGGAACAAAACUCUCCGGGAGGAAUUGCGCUGAGGAAUUUAGCCGGACAACAGGUCCAACAAAAUCUGAAAACAUGCGCAGCAUACGAAUGCACAGGCUCUGGAUUGACGAAUAACAAAGACGACACUGUGAAGUGUGUUAAUAAUAAUUGCGAAUUCAGUUGCUGCGUAGCGAGAUCGUGUUCUACUUUCACAUGCGACCAAGAAGCGGGAUACACUACCAAUGAAGCCAACUCAAACGCAGUGUGUUUCGCGGAUGGAUGUGAGAAAAACUGUUGUAAUCCACCCACAUGCGAAGGGUUUAGUUGUAGCGAUCCAAUACUUACGAACAAAGCACCUGAUGACCACGAGUGUUCUGACGGCGACUGUGAAGCCUCAUGCUGCACACCCUAUACAUGCGGUGGUUACAAUUGUACUACCGACGGAUUGACGAACUUCGCGAAUGCAACCCUAGAGUGUGGAGGUGAAGAAGAGAGCUGUGAGUCAACAUGCUGCGCACAAAAGACUUGCGGUGAUCAUGAAUGUCUAGAUCCAUUGACAGAUAAUCGAGUAGAUGCUAAUAUAACUUGUGUGGGAGAUGGAUGUGAGCUCACAUGUUGUCUGCCUCUAGUGUGCAAUGGGUAUACGUGCCAAACUGAUGGAUAUGUGAAUCAGCACGCCAACGCAGAUCCAGAGAUAGAAUGCGUGGAUGGUGACUGUGAAACCACCUGCUGUGGGGCAGCCACAUGUGAAGAUUACGCCUGUAUCGAUCCUAAGUAUGAGAAUCUGCUGGACAGCAACACUACAUGCCAGACCGGAGAUUGUGAAGUCUCAUGUUGCUCGUUCCGCAAAUGUGGCAACCAAGUGUGUGAGCUUCCUCUGUACAACAACGCGAAUGAUACAAUCAUUUGUAAGGACGACUGUGAGAAUCUGUGCUGCAGUGAGCGCACAUGUGAGACUUUCACAUGUCCGGAGGGUGGUUACCGCCUUCCCCUGUUUGAAGGUGAUAUCCAAACUUGUGGCUCAGAUGGUGACUGUGAGGCUGCUUGUUGCGCCACCAUGAAUUGCGAGGUGCACGAGUGCAUCAUCGCCACUGCCGGCAAGAUCGCCGGCAACGAAACCGAGUGUGACCCUUCAACCAACUGUGACGAUACGUGUUGCGAGAAGAUGUGUGUGGCCCACGAGUGUGCGGACAACUCGACCACAAACCCAUACUAUAUGUUCGAUCCUACGGUCGCCUGUGGAGAGGAUUGUGACGCCACCUGUUGCAGCGCGAUGGUCUGUGACGCCAGCGUCACAUGCGAUGCAGGCACUGUGCUGUCCGUCACAGAUGGGUCUGCUUGCGCAGACAACGACUGCCAAACCGCAUGCUGUGAGCCGGCUACCUGUGGCACACACAGGUGCUCAGAGCCAAGUUUGGAGAACUCAGCUGCAGCCGACAAGCUUUGUAAUUCGGACUGCGAUGUCGCGUGUUGCACCGCCAAGGUGUGCUCGGCCGAUUUGGAAUGUGGCGAAGACAUGUACAUGGCCGAGCCUCUGGGAACGUCCUGCGGAGUUCUGGGUGACUGCAUUGAUGUGUGUUGCCGCAUGAGUGAUGAGGGACAGUCACCCCUCUUACCCGAGGGCGACAGCGAGAGCGAGACACCCGUGUGCACCGCUUACACGUGCGCACAGGGCUUUGUCAAUACUAUUGGCGCGGAUGCCCCCUGUCCGGACGGCGAUUGCGACCAGUGUUGCGAAGCCACAUGCGGCUCACACACAUGCAAGUCCGAUGGAGCUGAGAUCACCGCAAGCACUGAUGAAGUCUGUGGAGCUAACUGUGACAGCAUCUGCUGCUCGGUCAGUACCUGUGGAGACCACACGUGCACCGAUGAUUCACUCAAGACCGGCUCGGACGCUACGGUGUGUGUCGGUGCGGCUUGUGCCGCAGAAUGCUGCAUGACGGUCACGUGCAGCGCCAUCGAGUGUCCCGAAGGCUACGUGAUUGGACUGAACACCACCUCUGAGACGGUUUGUCCCAAGGGCGACUGCUCCGCGUGCUGCGACGCCACGUGCGUAACGCACACGUGUACCGUCGAAGGUGCGCAGUCGGUCUCGGACCAGACGACGCUUUGCGGAGACAGCGGCUGUGAGGAGACGUGCUGCUCACUCAUCAAAUGCACUUCGCACACGUGUGCCGAAGGGUUCGCGCUCAUCGAGGGCGCGGCCGACACCACGUGUGACUAUGGAGCAUGUGAAGCGAUAUGCUGUGAGGCGGAAGUUGUUGUUGCUACCGACGAAAGCAUCACCUGUGCAGCACACACAUGCAAGGUGGAAGGCGCCGUCAAGACGGACAACAGUACCACUGUGUGUGGUGAUGAUUGUGAGGAAAUGUGCUGCGACAUACUCACGUGUGCCGACCACACGUGCGCAGACCCGGAUGCAUACAAGCUACCCACCACCGACUCUUGUGAUGCUAAUGGCUGUGAAGUGACAUGCUGUCUCACCAUCACCUGCGCCGCGCACGAGUGUGAGGCUGGCGCGACCGUUGUCAACGGAACGCAGGUGUGCCCCCAGGGCGACUGUACGGCCUGUUGCGAGGACACGUGCGAGGGCUACACGUGCACUGUGGAAGGAGCCCACAUGGUUGCCAACGACACCACACUCUGUGGUGAGCUGGGCUGCGAAGAGACCUGCUGCGACCGUACCUCGUGUGCAGAGCAUGUGCAAUGCGCCAACCACGAUGCACUGCAAAGCACCAGCAACACAACCUUCUGCCCACCGGAGGGUUGCGAGGCCACGUGCUGCCAGGAUGUCUUCUGUGAGAAUGCCUGCACCGAUUUAGUGGGGUACGUACCUGUCAAUGGCACAGACGGAACCACCGCAUGUCCCGGAGGUGACUGCUCGAAGUGUUGUGUGGCCACAUGCGCGUCUAUCGAGAAGUGUUCGUCCGAGAAUGCAUUUGUGACCGACGAUUCGAGUCUGGUGUGCGGAAACAACUGUGACGAGGUGUGCUGCUCCAUCACCACGUGUGCAGCCCACGCCUGUACCGAUGCCGGGGCGUACAUUGACCCCGCAAAGAACGCUACAGAGUGUCUGCCCGAGGGGUGUGAUGAGACGUGUUGCGAGGUGGUCAUCUGUCCUGCGGACGGUUGCCCUCAAGGCUUUGCCGAAACCGGAGAGGUUGUGUGCCCGCAAGGCGACUGCAGCGGUUGCUGUGCAGCCACCUGUGCACUACACGAGUGCUCCGUUGCCGGCGCGAUCUACACUAACGACACUACGCAAGUAUGUGGUGAUGACUGUGACGAGGUCUGUUGCGAGAUUGUCACGUGCGCGACGCACACAUGCGCAAUCCCCGAAGCGUACAAAGCCCCUGGAAACGCCACUGUAUGUCCCAAUGGCGAGUGCGAGGAGGCCUGCUGCUUCGCCGUCACGUGCAAAAUGCACGCGGAGAACUGUGAAGCCGGAUACGUUAUCCAGGACGCCGACGCGUACUGCCCACAAGGCGAUUGCAGCGCGUGCUGCGUGCCCACUUGCGAGACAGUCACUGCGUGCCCCGUCGAAGGUGCUGUUAUGUCCGCCAACCUGUCGACCAUCUGUGGCGACAGCUGUGAGGAGAUCUGCUGCUCACUCACGACCUGCGAUGUGCACAACUGUACCGAUCCUCUGGCGUACAACAACCCCGCGAACGUAGCUACGGCGUGCCCGCAUACCGAAGGGUGCGACGAGGCUUGUUGCGAGACUGUGACGUGCGAGAUGGUCACGUGUCCCGACAACUACAUGGCUCUGGAGGAUCUUUCGACCGUGUGUCCUCAAGGCGACUGUGGCGCAUGUUGCGAGGCCACGUGCGCGACUAUCGUCUGCUCAGACACGCGCGAGAACGCCACGGCCGUCGCCAAUGCGACCGAAGUGUGUGGACCGGAGGGUUGCCAGACGCACUGUUGCGGCAUCGUCACAUGCGACGACUACGUGUGCGCGGCCGGCUACCUCAAGGAAGCCACGCCUGGCGUCACCUGCCCCGGUGGAGAGUGUGAGGAGACCUGCUGCGCUGCCACCUGUGUCUCGCACGAGUGUGCCGAGCCGCUUGCCUUCCGCAACGACAACGGCACGGUGUGCGGUGACUCGUGCGAGACUAGCUGUUGCUCGAAUGUCACGUGCAGCAUGUACCCCGUACCCGCUGGAUUUGCGCUUGUCGUGGACGGCGCUGACAUGUGCAACCCGCCUGUGUGCGACAACUGCUUUGGCCCGACCUGCGCCAGCCACAGCUGCUCGGAUGUCUUCGCCGUGUACCCCGAUGGUGUCACGGAUGAGACUCUCUGCGGCGCGGAUGGGUGUGAUGAAACAUGCUGUGACAUGCCCACGUGCGACAGUACCGUCUGCCAGCCGGGAUACGUCAACAACUUCGCAGCCCUCGAGCCCUGUCCCGAAGGCAACUGUACCGCUUGUUGCGUGGCCACGUGCGAGUCACACGUGUGCCUGCACCCCGAUGCCCAGCGCAAUGGCACGAACGCCACCGUGUGUGGGGAUGACUGCGAUCUAAUCUGUUGCGACAUCAAGGAGUGCGACGAGGUGCUCUCCUGUCCCGUCAACUACGUGCACCUUGAAGCCGGCGCCACUUGCCCCGAAGGUGACUGCACAGAAUGCUGCCAGCCCUCGUGUGCUGCAUACAACUGUACCGAUCCUAUGGCGUACAAGAAGCCGGACAAUGCGACCAUAUGCAAUGGCAUGGAUAACGACUGUGACGAUUUCUGCUGCUCUGUGAUCACCUGUGCGGCUGCGGAGGAGUGCCCAGCUGGUCACAUCAAGCUUCAGGGUGCCGAUGAGAUGCAAUGUCCUCAAGGCGACUGCAGCAUGUGUUGCCAAGCAACGUGUGCGUCACACAACUGUACCCACUCGGACGAAGACUCUACAAGCAACAACGAUGUGUCCCAGGAUACUCUGUGUGGUGCGAGUUGUUCCCAGACGUGCUGCGUCGUGCCCACGUGCGAGGAUGUGCAAUGCCCCGCCGGUUUCGCUAACAACGGCACCUCGGACAACGACUGCGACGAUCUGGACUGCGUGGCCUCGUGUUGUGUACCCACGUGUGCAUCACACACAUGCGCAAGCGAGCUGGCCUAUGUCAAUCCCAACAACAGCACGAUGUGUACCGGUGGCACCGCGGAGGGCUGUGAAACGAGCUGCUGCGCCAUGGUCACGUGCGCCGGCAAGUGUGUCGCGCCCAUUGUCCAGGUGUUGGCUGACGACGAGGUUUGCCCGCAAGGAGUUUGCACGGACUGCUGCGCCGAAACGUGCGGGGUACACUCGUGCGAGGCCCCCACGCUCACAACCGCGAACGAUACCACUGUGUGCGGUGCGGAUGGGUGCGCUGCGACAUGCUGCAGCAUGCCCGUGUGUGAUGUUGUCGAGUGCGCUGUUGGCCAGAUGAACAUUAACGCUGGCGAGCCUGGUUACGAGUGUCCCAACGGCGACUGCGCGAAUUGCUGCAUGAACACGUGUGCCUCUCACAACUGUACUCACAUGUCCAACGACCUACCGCCCGAGACGCCCUGUGGCGACAAUUGUGGAGACGUGUGCUGCAGAGACAAGACGUGUGAGGACCACACGUGCGACGAGUUCUACUAUAACAACGGCACCGCCGCGGACGAUUGUCCAGAUGGCGACUGCUCCAUGUGCUGCCUGCCAACGUGCAACACACACACGUGUGCCAGCGAGGACGCAAUGGUUGUCACGGAUCUUACUACGCUGUGUCAAGCGGACGAAGACGGUGGCUGUGAGUCGGCGUGUUGCUACAAUGCAACGUGUGCCGACAAGCCCUGCACCGGUGGCCUGGUACUCAUCCAGACCAACGAUACCUUCUGUCCCCAGGGCGACUGCUCUGCGUGCUGCGAUGUCUCCUGUGGCAUACACGAGUGUGCUGCCCCGAGUAUACCGUCCAUGCCCACAGACUUCCCCUGCGGCGGCGCCGAGAACUGCCAGACCACGUGCUGUAGCAUGCCCGUGUGCGAUGCUGAGGUGUGUGAUACCGGUUUCGCCAAGAUCAAUAACGGUACGGCCGGAACGGAGUGUCCAAACGGCAACUGUACUUCGUGCUGCACGCGUACGUGCGCGGCUAUGGAGUGCCCCCACACCGACGAGACUGUGCCGCUCGACACAAUCUGUGGUGCCGAAUGUGCUGAGAUGUGCUGCAGAGACCCCACCUGUGCCGACCACAGCUGUCACAACGAGCUCGCCUUCAAGGUGGAGGACCAGACUCUGGCGUGUGGUGCGAGUUGCGAGGAAACGUGUUGCGCCAAUGUCACGUGUGCGGAUAUCCCCUGCGCAGACAACUACGUGCCGCAGCAGGAUGCCAAUACAACGUGUCCUGGCGGAGAUUGCUCAGCGUGCUGUGCACACACGUGUGCUUCAUACACGUGCGCGAAUCCCAACGCGGUCCCCGUGGACGGCAACACCACGUGUGUUGACGGUGAUUGUGUGGCCACCUGUUGCCAGGAGGCCACCUGUGCCGGUAUCGUGUGUGCCGACGGCUACCACAACAGCAUGCCAGACGAGACUGUAUGUGUCGGAGGCGACUGUACCACGACUUGUUGCUCAGUCAAGAGAUGCUCUGACCACACAUGUGCCUCGGAGGAUGCGGUGGUCCACCCCGAUCAGUCUACCCCAUGCUUGCCAGACAGUGACGGCGGCUGCGAGCUGUCGUGCUGUGCCAACUACACGUGUGCCGAUAAAGACUGUGCAGCGUUGCCUGUGGCCGGGUACGUGCUGGUGCAGAACCUCACCACUUCGUGUCCCCAGGGAGACUGCAGCGCUUGCUGUGCACCCACGUGCGCGACACACACAUGCGCCGAGCCGCUGGCGUUCCGCAACGAAAAUAGCGCGCUGUGUGCGGGCGAUUGCGAGGUCUCGUGUUGCAGUAAUGUUACCUGCAACAUGUACCCCUUACCCGCUGGAUCUGCGCUUAUCAAGGAUGGCGCUGAGUUGUGUGCCACCGCUGACUGUGGCGACUGCUUCGGCAAGACCUGCGCCAGCCACAACUGCUCAGAUGUGUUUGCCGUAUACCCUGAUGGUGUCACCGACGCCACUCUCUGCGGGCCCGAUGGCUGUGACGAGUCGUGCUGUGACACGCCCAUGUGCGACGAGUAUGUGUGUGGUGCCGGCUCCGUGAACGCCAACCCAGCUAUGACACCUUGUCCCGAGGGUAUCUGUUCAGAAUGCUGCGUGGCCACAUGUGAGCUACACGACUGUCUGCAUCCCGAUGCGACGCUCAAUGCGACUAACGCCACCAUCUGCGGAGACGAUUGCGACCGUAUCUGUUGCGAGAUCCAAGAGUGUGACGAGAUUCUGUCUUGUCCCGUGAACUUUGUGCACGUCGAAGCCGGCGCUAACUGCCCCGAAGGCGACUGUUCAGAGUGCUGCCAGCCCACGUGCGCUUCGCAUAACUGUACCAACGAAAUGGACUACAAGUCGCCAGACAACACUAUAGCUUGUACGGACGGCGAUUGUGAAACCAACUGUUGCUCGGAAGUUACCUGUGCGGCGGUUACUGAGUGUCCAGUUGGCUUUGUGAAGCUGCAGGGUGCAGACGAGCUGGUAUGUCCCCAGGGUGACUGUUCACAGUGUUGCCAGGCCACGUGUGCGUCUCACAACUGUUCGCGCAGUGACGAAGACUCGGAGUUCAACAAUGACCUCUCGCUCGACACUCUGUGCGGCGCGAGUUGUUCGCAGACGUGCUGUGUUGUGCCAACGUGCGAGGAUGUGGAGUGUCCCGCUGGCUACGCCAACAACGGCACCGCUGAGCAGGAAUGCGAGGACUUGGACUGUGUCGCAUCGUGCUGCGUAUCUACCUGUGCCUCGCACACUUGUGAUGAAUUGGCCUUUGUGAACCCCAACAGCAACACCAUGUGUGCCGAUGGUACUGCGGCGGGCUGUGACGAGAGCUGUUGUCGCAUGGUUACCUGCGACCAACGUCCGUGCACAGCACCUCAGGUGCUCGUUCUGACUGGAGAAGACAUCUGUCCCCAGGGCGACUGCUCGGACUGUUGCUCGGCUACCUGUGAAGCACAUGCUUGCCCCGCACCCACCGUCAAGUCGGGCCUCAACACCACCGUGUGUGGCGGCGAGACCGGCACGUGCGACGAUCUAUGCUGCACCAUGCCUGUGUGCGAUGCGGUCGAGUGUCUAGCCGGGUAUUUGAACGUCGCGUCCGCUACGCCAGGCACUCCUUGUCCCAAUGGAGACUGCACGGAAUGCUGCAGGCCGACGUGCAACACGCACACGUGCGCCAAUCCCGAGGCCAUGAUGCCGGAAGACCUGACCAGAGUGUGCCAGUCGGAUGCCGAGGGUGGCUGCGAGUCCGCGUGCUGUUACAAUAUGACGUGCUCGGAUACAUCCUGCGCGGCACCUUUCGUGCUGGUGCAGACGAACGACACAACGUGCCCCUAUGGAGACUGUAGUGCAUGCUGUGAUGUUGUGUGCGGCGCAUACGAGUGCACCGCCCCGGCUGUGCUCUUUGUGCCCGAGACCACCGCAUGUGGUGGUGUCGAGAACUGUGAAGCCACCUGCUGUGAGACGCCUGUGUGUGACGCAGAAGUAUGUGCUGCCGGCUAUGCCAACAUUAACAACGGUACCCUCGGGGUGGUAUGUCCCAACGGUAACUGUACCUCAUGCUGCAUACCCACGUGUGAGUCGAUGGUGUGCGAACACCGCGACAAUGCCGUACCGCUGGACACUGUCUGUGGCGGCGACUGCGCGGAUAUCUGCUGCAGAGACCCGACUUGCGGUGACUACAGCUGUAACAAUCCGAAUGCGAUGGAGAAUGUACCUACUGAGCUAUGUGGCGAGAUUGGAUGCGAGGCCACGUGUUGCCGCAAUGUCACGUGUUCGGACCAACCUUGCGAAGCUCUGGCCGGGCCCGGAUACGGUUUGGUACAAGAGCCUACCACGGAUUGUCCCAAGGGCGACUGUACGGUAUGCUGUGCACCCACGUGCGCGGUGAUCACCUGUACCACCUCGGAUUUCCCCAACCAAGUGGACAUUGCCGCGAUUGUCAAUAAGGACGAAACAUUCUGCGCCGGUGACGAUUGCAGAGCCACGUGUUGCGAGACGGCCACGUGCUUCGAGUUCAUGUGCGGCGAGAACACCAUCAAUUCAAUGCCCGGCGAGACGGAGUGUGUCGGAGGAGGGUGCCAGGAGACCUGCUGUGCGCCUCUAGUGUGCGGCAACCACACGUGUGCCAGUGAUCUGGCCAUGGUCAACCCGGACAAAUCGCAGGAGUGUCAGCCGAAGGUGGAGGGUGGCUGUGAGUCGACGUGUUGUUUCAACAAAACGUGCGAUGCAGAGCUCCCCUGUGGCGAUGGUUACAUCCAAUCGCAAGACGCUGCCACACCAUGUCCUCAAGGUGAUUGCUCAGCAUGUUGCGCGGCUACAUGCGCCUCCGAGAACUGUACUACAGCUGAGACGCCUAAUUCGGUCAGCCGAGCGGACGUGCCCUCUACCACCGUUUGUGGGGAGGAAGGCUGCAGCAGUACCUGUUGCGAGACCCUUACUUGCGGCGGAUUCGUCUGUCCCGCUAACUACGAGAACGACUUCCCCGCAGAGACUGUAUGCGUCGGAGGGAACUGUACGGAGACAUGCUGUGGCCACAAGGGUACGUGCGGUGCUUACCAGUGUGCCAGCGAUCUUGCUAUGGUGAACACGAACAGCAGCCAGGUCUGUGCGUCGGAUGCCGAAGGUGGUUGCGAGAAGUCGUGCUGCUACUACAUGACUUGCGCCGAGGCGCCAUGUGUAGCAGGUUACGUACUGGCACAGUCAUUAGACGCGCCCUGUCCUCAAGGUAACUGCGAGGCGUGCUGUGCCGCGACGUGUGCGACCGCCAACUGUACACUCGAGGAUUCUAACGCGGUACGCAAUGAUAUGCCUGCCGACACGGUAUGUGGCGAGAAUGGGUGUCUGGAAACAUGUUGCGAGGGCCUCACGUGCGGUGCACACACGUGCCCCGACGGCUAUGUGGCAGCGAUGGCGCCCGAGACGGCGUGUCCUAUGGGCAACUGUACCUCAUGCUGCACGCCUACGUGUGCUUCAACCACGUGUACGACGGCUGAGCUGCCCAACUCUGUCAGAAACCCGCUCGUGCCGGAUACCACGGCGUGUGGUGAUGACUGUGCGACCGCGUGCUGUGAAGAACGCACGUGCGCCUUCCACGAGUGCCCGGCUGACUAUGAGAACCUCGCCGCUGAGGAGACUGUCUGUGCCGGUGGCGACUGUACUGAAACAUGCUGCUCGUACUUGGGCACCUGUGGCACCCAUACCUGCGCCGAGCCUCUGGCGAUGCGAAACUUGAAUGAUACCGUGUGCAACACCGCGGCGGAUGGUGGCUGCGAGAAGAACUGUUGUGCUACCAAGUCUUGUGAGAACGAAGCAUGCGGUGUGGGAUAUGUAGCUACCGCCGCUCCGGAGACCAUCUGUCCUUAUGGCUCAUGCACUGAUUGCUGCUCAAUCUCCUGUGCGUCUGCGCCGUGCGAUACCGCGGCAGGCAUGGCAGCUGUCCUACCAGGGGAGGCACCCUGUCCCGACGGUGACUGUGGCCAGUGCUGUGGUCUCACCUGUGCCUCGUACGAGUGUGGGGUGAAUGAGGUGAACGCCGUUGUGGACGAGACGCUCUGUGGCGACGCUGGUUGUGCGGUCACGUGCUGCACCACGCCCACGUGUGAUGCUGCCACGUGUCCACCCACGCACAUCAAGACGAUUGUGGACGCCACACCAUGUGAGGGAGGUAACUGUACCGCCACGUGCUGCUCGCCAACGUGCGAGUACCACACUGCGUGUGCCGAUCCUCUGGCCAUGAGAAACCCGGACUUGACGAUCCAAUGCAAGCCUGAUGUCGAGGGUGGCUGCGAGGCCAGUUGCUGCGCUAUCAAAACGUGUGGUAUGGAAGCGUGCGCCGAAGGAACCGACUACCAGGUUCAAGAUCACAACACUGUAUGCCCACAGGGUGAGUGUGCUGCCACCUGCUGUGCACCGUCGUGCGAUGGCGUCACGUGCGAGGGUAUCCUUGGCUACGCGAAUAUGAUGGCGCCGGAUACCAUCUGUCCCGAUGGAGAUUGCGGCAAGUGCUGCACACCCACAUGCGCGUCACUGGGUGGUGUGUGCGUGGACCCUAACGCGGUGAUAGCCGUUGAUCCAGCCACACCCUGUGAGGGCGCGGACUGCCAGGCCGUGUGCUGCGCCACUAUUCCAUGCGCAGGACAAGCGUGUGCGUUGCCUGGUUACGCCAACGAUGCGGCUGAAGGAGAGGUGUGUGUUGGCGGCGACUGCGCGAGCUGUUGUUCUGCCACCUGUGCGUCUGUGUCUGCGUGUAGUGAUCCCAACGCGAACGUCAUUUCGGAUACGGCCAAGCUAUGUACCACCGAUAACUGUGAAGACGACUGUUGCCUUGUGGCUACCUGCGCCUUUGCGACGUGUGGAGAGAACGACGUGAAGAUGCCUGACGCGACCAUCUGUGCGGGCGGGUACGAGAACUGUGUGACCUCGUGUUGCCAGCAGUCGAAGAUGUGUUCGGAACACACGUGUGCGAACCCCGAUGAUGUGCUCAACCCCGACCCUGCAGCCGCCUGUGUGGGAGAUGAUUGUACCUCUUGCUGUGCCUCUUACACGUGUGGCCUGGGGAUGCCCGAGGGCUGUCCCGAAGGUACGAUGGCCGCGAUGGGCGCUGAUGGCGUGUGUCCCCAAGGCAAUUGCGAAGCAUGCUGCAAACCAAUCGCCAUGUGUGCCGGAGUGGUGUGUGCAGAUCCUGCCUAUCAGAACUUGUUUAUCGACGGAACUGUGCCCACUAUGUGUGAGAAUGGAGACGAAGCCAACUGCCAGGCAACGUGCUGUUCACUGAUACCUACGUGUGGAGCGCACGAUUGUACGCUGACUAGUCCGCCCAUGCGCAAUGUCAGACCCGCAGAGACGGUCUGUGGUGUUGAACCCGGAUCGUGUGAUAGUAUCUGUUGUGCGUACGUGUGUGACGAUCACACGUGUGACACCGGUACCGAACCGAACAAGGUGAAUGGUUACGCCAUGGGCAUGCUGGAGUCGGGUGUGGAGUGUGCGGGUGGUGACUGUGAAGGCACCUGCUGCAACACACUGACGUGUGGUAGUGGCAUGCUUGAUGAUCUGUGUCCGGCGGGCAUGUCCAACACCGCCGACAGCCUAAAGGAGUGCGAUCUGGGUAACUGUGCACAGUCGUGCUGUGGCUACACAUGCAUCAGCGUGACUCAGUGCCCUGCGAACACGGUCAAGGCCGCCAAUGUCGAGGCAGUUCCGUGUACAGAUGCGGACAACUGUCUCUCCACGUGCUGUCAACCACAGUGUAAGGGUCAUCAGUGUACAGCUGGCUCUACUAUGAAGGCAGGCUACAAGGAGGCCGUAUGUGUGAGCGACUGCCAGUCGGAGUGUUGUGAUGCGCAGCCCAUGUGUGGAUCCCACGCUUGUACCGCAGGCACUACACUGAGGGCCGAUUAUGAAAUGGUAUAUUGUGCUGAUUGUCAGAACGAGUGCUGUGAGGCACAGGCACAGGCACAGCCACAGACGACCUGCAGUAUGUAUGGAUGCGGUGCGGACACUCAACAGAAAGCGGGUGUGGCGGCCUCUCCCUGUAUAGAAUGCCAGGCCGAGUGCUGUGAAGCCACCCCUGUGGUAGCGUAGUGGUAGCCGAAGUCGCAGCCAGUUUGUGCCAGUGUCAAGACGGCCUGUUGUCAAGUACUCUCUGUCUCAGACAGAUAUCCUGACUGCUAUAGUAGUAGAAUUCAGGGUAUGCAUGGGAAGCGAGGGUGCGAUCAGAUUAUGAGAUGAUGGUGCUCCGGAGCUGUGUGGCUUUGGCAGAUGUUGACUGGCCAUAUAUUAGUAGUGUUUAUAGCAAAUGUUCUAUAUUUAAUAAAUAUAUAUAAUUGAAUCUAGGCGGGCUCUUUCAUGUCGAAGCGAGUGUCUUUAAG